UCCUCCCCGCCGGCCUGGGCUCCUCCUCCUCCCGCCUCCUCCUCUAGCCUGGCACGGGAAGGCGAGGGGUUGUCGAGCGAGCGAGGAAGGGAAGAGGAGGAGGCCGAAGUGCCUCGGCGGCCCGAAAAGAGCGGCGCCUCGGAAGGGAGGAAGGAAACCUCGCGGUUGCGCGGAGAGCAAAGGCGGCGGCGCCACGGCCCUUGGCGAAGGAGAAGCAGCGCGCCGUCCUCCCCGCGAGAACUUUUCGUCGGUGGGGGGGAAGGAAGGCGAGAAGCUCGUCUCCCCCCACAGAGCAGGCGGAGUCCGCCCUCGGUAUUUUCCACCAAAGUGAAUAAAAGCCGGGGAAGCCUGAAGAAACAUUUCUGUCCGAUUAAAAGCACAAAGAAUUGGAUCUUGCCAUUUUUGGGGGGAUACGCUCUGCACUUAAAGUUAUCUUGUAUAACCUGAGGAAGAGGAAACGUUUUAAGAACAGGUUUGGGGACCUGCGUUAUUGUUGUUUUUUUCUACUUUUUCUCAUAAAAAAUAUUAAUUACGUUUUACAUGGGAUGUUUUGGAUGCCUGAAGUAGCCCCAUUGGUUGCUGAGUGGAAAUCUUGAGCAGACUUGAACACUUAAAAUACCACCGCUUUGGUUUUUCCAUCCUGCUUGUUUGUAGGCACAAGUGAAUCUUUACAAAAUGGACAAAUACGAUGACCUGGGUCUGGAGGCAAGUAAAUUUAUAGAAGAUCUCAAUAUGUAUGAAGCCUCCAAAGAUGGGCUCUUUCGAGUGGACAAAGCGGUUGGGAACAACCCAGAAUUUGAAGAAACGAGGAGGGUUUUUGCUACAAAAAUGGCCAAAAUUCACCUUCAGAAACAGCGAGAACAAGAGGAAUUGGUGAACUCGGCCUCGGGGGCUCCAAAUGGCGGGGCUGGUUUUGGGAUUCAGCAUCUGCUCCCAGGCCAUCAUGUGGCUAGAAGCACUGCAGGAACAAACAAACUGCAUUCAGGAGAAAAUACAGCAAAGCCCCCUCUGGCUACACCGUCAACCGUGUGUGCAGGCCAUCAACUUGCCUUCCCAAAUCAGCCCCAAGCGCAUGCUGAUGGAGAGCGAGCAAAGUUAUACCAGGAUGACAAGAGGUCCAGCGAUGAUUAUGGAUACAGUGAAAGUCUUGGGGGCUCAGACGUUUCUGGAGGGCAUAGUUAUCAGAGAGCAGGUCAGCUGAACCCAUGUAAUCCUAAGACAUCUUUUUGUUCUCUUUCUCACGAGGAGCCCAAUAACAGUGAUAACCGGGCAAGCCUUCAAAGUUGGGGAAGAGAUGCUGGCAAGUUUCCCAGCCUGAAAUCCAGCAUGGGCCCCCAUUUAUGGUCCAACGUUAAUCAUGACGAGUCGUUGCAGAGAAGUCCUACGAAACCUCAGGCAGAUCUCCAUUCAUACCAGCAGCCACGAAACUCCUACAGGUCUUCAGAAAGCGGGUAUGGAAGUCAGGAAAGCAGUGGCGAAGGCCCGGGGCUUAGCCAAAGCUAUGAGCCAAAUCCAGGUUGCCCAAGAUCAUCGUCUUUCUCUAAGGCCUGUACCCCGUUGUCCUCUUCCGCUGGGUUUGGUGAUGAGUUGUCUGCGGAAUAUUCGCAGCAGAGGUCUCCGUCAUUCUCUGGACGCCCUCCCAAUCGGUCUGAUGAUUUUAACCCAAACUGUGGCAUGGAAUUGUGGGCUUCUGGUACUCCAAACAAAAGCAAUGGCAAUAUUCAGUCGAGGCAUAGUGACAGUACUCAGCCUUCAGCUUCCGGCCUCCUUCCUGCUCCCCUACCUCCAAGUGUAGAUUAUCAGCAAACUAACACUCAUCCGAAACCGGCAGGUCAUUUUGUAGUCCACGGUCAAAAUCACAGGCUCAAUUGUGCUGGGCCUGGCAUGAGUCCCGAGCAGAAUUCCAUCUGCUCAACAUCUCAUGGGCCAAUGAUUUCUGAUGUUCCGAAAUCUCCUUUUAAAGAGGGCACAGCCACUCUGCGGCAUGACUCUGGUCACCAAGAAACCACCGCUUCUGCAAAAAUAAAGCUACCCUGUCAGACACUCCUUCCUCAGCAGGAACAGGGUCCAUCCACAGCUGAAUUAAAAUUAGAAGCUCUUACGCAGCGCCUGGAGCAGGAGAUGGAUGUUUGUCCAAAGGCUGACUACUUUGGAACCUGCGUGAAGUGCAACAAAGGUGUAUAUGGCGCAAACCAAGCUUGCCAGGCAAUGGGGAAUCUCUACCACGACGGAUGCUUUACCUGUGGGGCGUGUAGUCGGAAGCUGAGAGGAAAAGCCUUUUAUUUUGUUAAUGGGAAAGUGUUUUGUGAAGAAGACUUCCUGUAUUCGGGCUUCCAGCAGUCAGCUGACAGGUGUUUCAUAUGUGGCCAUUUGAUCAUGGACAUGAUUUUGCAAGCGCUGGGGAAGUCGUACCAUCCUGGCUGCUUUCGUUGUGUGAUCUGCAAUGAAUGUCUGGAUGGAGUGCCGUUCACGGUAGACAGCGAGAACAAAAUCUACUGUGUCCGAGAUUACCACAAGGUUUUGGCGCCAAAAUGUGCAGCCUGUGGUCUUCCUAUUCUGCCAAGUGAGGGAUCCGAUGAGACUAUACGUGUUGUGUCAAUGCACAAGGAUUACCAUGUGGAAUGUUACUGCUGUGAGGACUGCGGCAUGGAACUCAACGACGAAGAUGGACAUCGGUGUUACCCCCUAGAUGACCACCUGCUCUGCCAUUCCUGCCACCUUAAACAUAUAGAGAAAGGCACAACAACUCAUGCGGAUGCCUACGUACACCAUUUCUAGCCAGUUCUGCCAAACUUCCCAGAAGCCUGCCAAGGGAAAGGUUUUCGCGGCUAUCGUUUUUGAGGUGCGUAUCUACCUCAGCUGGCGAUUUGCGAGAAGAUGAAGGAAGAGGCUCUCUUUUUUUCUUUCUUUUUGGCCUUGUGCAUUGUGUGUGUGGCAAUUGCACACAACAAAGGAUUUGUUUUCGUUCCGGACAAAAACUUACAGUAUUAGCUGGAGUGAUUUGUGGCUCCUUGUGUGCUUCUCCCCCCCCCCCUUUUUUUUUUUUUUUUUUUUUUGCUGGGAGAAAGCGGCGGGAGAGACUGUUUUCUUCUCGAGUCAUUUGAGAGGAAUCUUUAGCAAUUAAAAUCACAACAAAUACCCUUUAAAGGACACAAGAAAGUGCCAGAAAUAAGUGACAAUACACCUGCACGUCUCAUCUUGUGGCUUCUUGUUCUGAUAGUCAAUCAGGGAAACACAACGUCCAGCCCUCCAGCGAGUCUACAUACUGAGCAGACUCUCGUGAUGUUUUUAAUUUGUGGUGACCGAGACGUAAUCACCUGCCUUUCCUUACAUUGGUGGAAGUUAUCCUAUUUUCUAGGAAGUUAUCCUGGAAAAGACCCUGAUGUUGGGAAAGAUGGAGGGCACAAGGAGAAGGGGACGACAGAGGAUGAGAUGGUUGGACAGUGUUCUUGAAGCU